CAAAACCGUCAAAUGGAAAAUUAGGUCGGAGCUGGCCCAAGGCAGUUGAAUCACACCAAGAACACUUAUGGUCAGCGUCACCAAUCCGAGUUUGGGCCCCUCUAAAAAGUUGAUCCUGGUAUUCUAAGCCCAGGAGAUUCAAAGUGCAUGGCCCACUCGUUUGUCCUCCACGACACGAGGUAUGACAAUUCACAAACUCACAAGUCAUUGGGUUAUCGGAGCCAGGGAGAUCCAUUCGUUUACAGUUCUUCUCUUGACGCCUCGUUCGUUUUCACUUUUCAUUUACUCAAAAGUCAGAAACUAGCAGCUUCUUGAGACAGGUAUUCGCUCUUCUCGUCAAUAUAUUUAUAGUGACGCAUUUCACAAUCAACAGAGAUCAAGUUGAGGUUUUCAAUUUCGGAGAAAAAUGGCGUUGAGGUUUGAUUCUAGAGACGUGUCGGCCUUCAAAUUCUUGCUACUUCUAUCAGUCAUGUAUGGAAUCAUGUCGGUGCUCGUUUACUCUAUAAUCCACAUGAAGUUCGUGAAGCCGCUUGAUUUCCAUGCGCCUCUUGAUCGCUUCUCUGAAGCUAGAGCCAUCCAACACGUUCGCGUUUUAUCCGAAGAGAUCGAUGGUCGCCAAGAAGGGCGUCCGGGCCUAAGAGAAGCUGCUGUGUAUAUCAAAACACAGUUGGAAAUGAUUAAGGAGAGAGCUGGAUCGAAAUUAAGAAUUGAGGUUGAAGAGACAACUGUUAAUGGCUCUUUCAAUAUGUUGUUUUUGGGCCACAGUAUAUCGCUGGGUUACAGAAACCAUACAAAUAUCAUAAUGAGGAUAUCAUCCACAGAUUUGCGAGAGGAUGAGCCCUCGGUUUUAAUGAAUGGCCAUUUUGAUGGCCCACUUGGCUCCCCAGGUGCUGGCGAUUGUGGUUCAUGCGUUGCAUCGAUGCUGGAACUGGCUAGACUUACAGUAGAUUCUGGCUGGAUUCCUCCUAGGCCUAUCAUAUUUCUUUUCAACGGUGCAGAAGAAAUUUUUUUGUUGGGCGCACAUGGCUUUAUGAAGACACAUAAAUGGCGUGAUUCAGUUGGGGCUUUUAUAAAUGUAGAAGCAUCUGGCUCAGGAGGUUUUGAUUUAGUUUGCCAAUCUGGGCCCACUUCUUGGCCUUCUCUAGUCUACGCUCAAUCAGCAAUAUACCCCAUGGCACAUAGUGCAGCUCAGGAUGUCUUUCCUAUUAUUCCGGGAGAUACAGACUAUAGAAUAUUUUCUCAAGAUUAUGGAAACAUUCCUGGCCUGGAUAUUAUUUUUCUCCUUGGUGGUUAUUAUUACCAUACCUCCUAUGAUACAGUGGACAGAUUAUUACCCGGAAGCAUGCAAGCACGGGGAGAUAAUUUUUUCAGUUUACUUAAGGCCUUCAGUAAUUCUUCUCGGCUACAUAUUACCCAUGGAAGAGAGUCUUUUGGAGAUACUUACAAUGAAAAUAAGGAUGAACGUGCUGUUUUCUUUGACUACUUAACAUGGUUCAUGAUAUAUUAUUCAAGAAGCGCAUCUAUGGUACUUCACAGGAUUCCCAUUGUCAUCUUCCUUUCUGUUCCAUUUUUUUUGUGUUUGCUGAAUUCUGGCCUGCAUGCUUGGUUUUCAAAAUUCUGCGAUUUUGUAAAAGGAACCAUGUUUCAUGCUACUGGGAUUGUAAUGGCAAUUAUUUUCCCGGUUACCUUUUCAAUCCUAAGAUUGCUGUUCUCAAGUUAUGCAAUGAGCUGGUUUGCUCAUCCUUUCUUGGCUUUGAUGAUGUUUGUUCCAUGCUCUCUUGUUGGUCUUUUGAUUCCAAGGGUUAUUUGGAGUCAUUUUCCCCUCUCUCAAGAUGCUAAAGCUCUGAAGACAUCAAAGGAGGCACUAUCUGAUGAGGCAAGGUUUUGGGGGGCGUUUGGAUUUUAUGCUAUAAUUACUCUGGCUUAUCUUGUGGCUGGGUUGAGUGGAGGUUUCUUGACUUUUAGCCUGUCUGCUUCUAUGAUUCCUGCAUGGAUCUUCUUUUGCCUAUCAACCAAGUUUUAUGGUCAUCGAGCAUUGAGGUCAACUAUCGUUUACACUGUACCUCUAAUUCCAUGUCUUUUAUACUCUGUUUAUUUUGGUGGGUUGCUUUUCCAAUUUUUGACCGAGAAGAUGGGUAUGAUGGGUGCUGUUCCACCCCCAUAUGGGUAUUACGUUCCAGAUAUUGUAGUUGCAGCAAUUACUGGAGUUGUAACUGGUUGGUGUGUGGGCCCUCUUAUACCGACUUGUGGCCACUGGCUAGCCAGGUCCUCAGUCUUGAAAUUUUUGCUGCAUCUUAGUGUGCUUGCCUUGGCUCUUUCAUCACAGUUCUUUCCAUAUAGCAUGGAUGCGCCUAAAAGGAUUGUUUUCCAGCAUACAUUUAUGACUGCAGAUGCAAAUCAGGUUGCAGAGUCCAGUUAUGAUUUUUCGGUAGUGGAUUCCAAUUCUUUACUGUUUCUCUUUAAAUAUGCACCUGAAGUGGCAAAGGAGUUGCUAAUUGACUCAGAGUUCUCUUUCAAAGCUGCAAAUAUAUCUCAGCCAGAGACUUGGAUGUCAAUAUUUCCAGUAUCCCUUUUGUUCUCGAGAAGUUUGAAAUUCCCUGCAAGAAGUGAUGGAAUUUUGAAGCGAUACAAGUAUUUCCCCCAUUUGUCUAAUUACAAGCCGCAUACAACUUCUGGUGAUGGAUCCCGGAGAGUUUAUUUGGAAUUUUCCUUAGGCUCGUUGGAGGAGGUUUGGGUUGCAGUCCUAAACAUUACGGGUCCUUUAUCUAGUUGGUCAUUUGCUGACAAUAAACUUCCAGCUCCUGAGACAGUUUAUGGUGGCCCACCAUCAUACAUAUGUCGGCUUAGUGGAUCCAGCCAUGAAAAUUGGACCUUUUGGUUAGAGGCUAGCAGUUCAGAACAUUUAAGAGUGCAAGUCAGUGUAGUAGAUCAAAUUUUGGUUGAUGAAGCAAAGAAGUUGAAGAGCCUUUUCCCAGACUGGGCAGAUGUUACUGCUUUUUCUAGCUUUAUAUCCAGCUAUGUCUUCUAGCUUGUAUAAUACCACUUUAUAAUUGUCUUAAAAACAAUUUGUAAAACACAGC